GUUCUGAAAAAUGGGACAAAUCCGCUUACUCUUGCUUAUUUUGCUGUCUGUUGUGAUUAAGAAAACGUUUGGAUGCUACUGUGACCAUUACCCCUGGAAUUCUUGGUCCAGCUGUUCAAGAACUUGCAACUAUGGGAUACAAAGCAGAUCAAGACAGAGAAAUCAGGAUGAUUAUUAUUAUAAAAAUUCAUGCGGCAGAUUGUGCACGUGGAGUGAAUCUCGGGCAUGUAACCAGGAAGCAUGCCCCAUCAAUUGCCAGAUGAGUGACUGGAGCACAUGGUCAGAAUGCGACCCAUGUGUUAAAAAACAAUUUCGGAUUAGGUCUUUGCGCCAGCCAUCUCAAUUUGGAGGCCAAGCCUGUACUGAGCAAUUGUCAGAUCAACGACCAUGUUUCCCAACAAAACUGUGCAAUAUGGAAGAUGUGAACUGUGAAAAUAAGAUGCAGUGUGAUAAUGGUCGCUGCAUUGCCAAGAAACUAAGAUGUAAUGGAGAUGAUGACUGUGGGGACAAUUCUGAUGAAAGGAACUGCAGGACCAUAAAUCGUGUGUGCAAAAGGGAUUUCAUCAACAUACCAAGUGCACAACUUAUGGGCCUUGGGUACCAUAUUUUGGCAGAUGAGAGCCGAGGAGAAGUCCUUGACUAUUCUUUCCAUGGCGGGAACUGUGUCCGUGUGAAGUCUGAAGACAAUAGGACUACAUAUCGUGUGCCUGCAAACCUUGAGUCAGUCAACUUCCAGGUGAGCAAUCAAGAAGAUGAUGUGAAAGCCCAUUAUUAUACAGAUUUAACACCCAUAAUGCAAACUCAAAAUCAACGAAGUUCAUCGCACAAAACUUCAAAAGGCUAUUCUGGAAUACCGUAUUUCUUUGGUGCAGGACAUAAUUCAAUGGUGUCAUCAUCUCGUUCCUUCAAGGAAGCCAUUAAAUCAUCCCACAAAAUGAGUUCCAACUUCAUUAGGGUUCAUAAGGUGAUUGCCGUUUCAAACUUCACAGUAAAACAGUCAGACUUGCAGGUCUCCAGAGUCUUCUUGAAUGCCCUCAACAGCCUGCCUCUGGAGUACAACUAUGCCCUUUACAGCCGGAUAUUUGAUGACUUUGGCACUCAUUACUACACAUCUGGCUCAUUGGGAGGGAGAUAUGACCUUCUUUACCAGUUUAAUGAAGAGGAGACAAAAAACUCAGGUUUAACACAAGAAGAAAUAACAAACUGUGUGAAAUUUGAAACAACAUUUUAUAUUUUGUUCAUCCCAAUAAGAAAACGUCAUGAGGAAUGUACCCGCAGUAAAAUGACAGAGCGCUAUGAAGGUUCUGUACUGAAGUCAUCUGAACGGUCUAUUUCCCUGGUAAAGGGAGGACGGGCACAAUAUGCGGCAGCCUUAGCCUUUGAGAAAAAAGGAUCUUUGCCAGGAAACAACAUCUUUAAUAAUUGGCUGGAGUCAACCAAGGAAAAUCCGGGUGUGAUUGAGUUUGAGGUGGCCUCCAUUCUGGAUUUGGUGAAGAACUUCCCUUGUGCUGUGACAAAGCGCUAUAACCUGAGGAAGGCUUUUUUUGAAUAUAUGACUAGAUAUGACCCAUGUCAUUGUGCCCCAUGUCCCAACAAUGGUCGGCCUGUUUUAUCUGGAACUGAAUGUCUCUGUGUGUGCAAAGCUGGAACCUAUGGUAAUAACUGUGAGAGAAGAGCCCCAGAUUACACAUCAGAUGCAGUAGAUGGCUAUUGGAGUUGGUGGAGCCCAUGUGAUGCAUCUUUUAAGAGGAAAAGGACCCGAUUGUGUAACAACCCCCAACCCAUGAAUGAAGGGAAACCCUGUGAAGGAGAAGGAGAAGAGGAAGAAGAGUGUUUUAUUCGAUUGUUUGGAGACCAAGGAGCUGUUUGUGUAAAUGAUGAUGAAGGUGUAAGAGAGGUAGAGCUGCCUGUAGUUGAGCCUGAAUCUGGAUGUUUGGCUCCAGUGGCACCAGAAAAUGGAUUUAUCAGGAAUGAGAAAAAUUACUAUUCCGUUGGAGAAGAAGUGGAAAUUGUCUGUCUCAAUGGUUAUAAUCUUGUAGGAUAUAAUUUCUUUAGAUGCCUACCAGACAAAACAUGGGUUCAACAUCCAGUGAAAUGCCAACCAUCAGCUUGCUCUAGACCUUCCCUUUCCAAUACCAUCAAGAUCUCUCCAUUUAAAUUGGAAUAUGAGACAGGAGAACGUAUCCACCUGAGUUGUCCAAAUGGCUACAUUCUUACUGGCCCAAGGAGCUACACCUGUGGGAGUAAUAUCUCCUGGACCCCACCUAUUUCAGGAUCACUUACUUGCAAACAGUCUCAGGAAAUUCUCCGUAAAGGCAAUUGCAGCUUUGGACAAAAGGAGGUGGGGUCUCAGUGCGUCUGUAUGUCUCCUGAGGAAGACUGUGCUCCUGGUAUGGAAGAUAUUUGUGUCCUGGAUACAGCACUCAAAAUGCCUCUUACUAAAUCGAGCUGCCAGUACCUGGCUAACAGAUGCCGAGGUGAUGAACAGUUCCGUUUCCUUUCUUCCGGACCAUGUCAAAAUAAUGUCAACGUAAAAUGGCCUAUUGAGCGGGCAAGUCUUUCAGUAAACAGCACAAAGAAAGAGCUCUGUGGAUAUGAUGUAUGUUAUGAUUGGGAAAUAUGUUCAGAAAGAGAACUGCGAUGUACUUGCUUAUUCCCAUACCUGUGUCCCAAGGAUGGGGGGCAACUCUACUGUAUCCUGAGUGGAUUUAGAAAAUAUAUGAAGACAGUCACUUUCUGUACUUUGGGAGCAAUGAAAUGCUCCAAUAUGAAGACUGAAUUGUUGCAUGCUGGGGCGUGUAUGCCUUCAGAUCAGUGACAAAGUCAUGUAUACUUAUGGAAGGAUAUCCAGAUGUAGAAAAGACAUGUUUCUGUAGCAAAUGGAUACUCUGAUAUCCAUCUAUAAUUACUAAAAUAUAUAACCUGUUGUAUGUGCCCCAACAUUAGCAACCACCUUUUUUGUCCAAAGGUCUACCACUUAUAUCUCUGUGAUUUCUUGUUUCCCCCACUCCCUACAAUUGCUUCUACCUGUUGACCACCUAUAUGGUUCUCUAUGACAUAUUAUUAUCAACAUGAUUAUCUCCUACCACUGCCCCCCAUUGCACUAGUACUAAUAAAGAAGCAAAGUUUCAAAGCGUA